AUGCCCGAGGCUGAAGCAUCCCAUGCUUGGACCAAGACUUUCGAGCAUCAAGGCCCGCCUCAAACCAGUGAGAACACCUCGUUUCAGCCAACCGGUAGAGAGAUUGUUGCAGUUCCUGCUCCGUUACCCCAACGCAAUGGUUUUGUCAAAGAGAUCUACGACUAUCAACAGCAACUAGAGCUCGAAUUCCGAGAGUUCGAGCGAGCGAUGAACGAGAGAGACAUCUCUAUAGACUUGGAUGCAAUCGAUUGGAACGAACUUGAAGCGCGGUAUAAUAGGGAGAUUCAGCCUUGCCUUGCAGCUGAGAGGGAGAUUAUGGAAGAGUUCAAUGCCCGCUCCGCGCAAUUCUCGCUCUAUAUGCAAGUAUCAAACGAACAUGAAUCUGAGAGGGCCAUCAAGAGACUUCGCACACGGAUCGCUCUUGCUCAAAAUUCGGAGAAGUUAUUAGCCGAGAAACAAGCCCACCGACUCCUGAUCGUCUUGUGGCUUGAUGGUUGCUACCAAGAUGAGCAUUGUAUGCCCGUGAUGUCUGAUGAGUCAAAGUCAAAUGCAGACAGAGAUCUUCUCGCGCGGCUAAAUGCACUGAAAACGUCGACGGUGUCUUUUGAGCAGACAAAUUUUCAGACACCUCUCGGGAGAGCGCUUCCUGUUUCGCUUGAUCCUACCCCGGCUCGUGCCCUCCACUCAGACCUUUUGACAAGAUGGAAAUCUCUCGGAGGCAGUCCUUCUUCGGCUCUCCAAGACCCCGCUACUUCGACCCCAAAGUCUGAGGACGAGAAAACAGUGGAGGAACUCCUGGCAGAUUUAGGGCCUUCAGAUGCGUGGGAAGUCGGACAGAGUGAAGAGGAACAGGUCGCAGAUCUGCUGCGGACUGCAAAGUCAGCGCUGGCAGAUGCGUCACACACAAAAAGCGAAGGAUUAGGCGCAGACCAAGCUGAAGGCACAACAGAAGCAGAGGACAACAUAUCUACAAAGCUCCCGCCGAUUGAUGUUUCGGUGUUUCAACCCGGGCCCGAAACAGAAGAGAGCCCAGUCACCGCGGUAGGCAACAACAAGUCGAAAGACACUUUGGACCGGGAGGCAGAUGAACUGUUGGCAAGGAUCCUAGACGAGGCCAGGCUUGAAUCUGCAGAGACACAGGACCAAAACACGAGUCUCCCAGAGGAGGACGCUGAAGAGAAUACCUCCCCGAGAGAUAUAGAGCAUGCGAAUCCUAGAUCUGAGCGGGACGCGUCUUCUUUUGACCUCCCCACCACCCCUUCGAAACUGCCAGAACCCUCAGCCCCAACCAAGCCGUCAAAUGAAGACGACGACGACGACCUCGCCUCUCGCUUUGCCGGCCUAUCCCUCCCGGCAGUCCCGACGGGCAUAAAAUCCACCAAGGCAACCUCGUCCGCGCCAAAGCCCAAGAUCGGCUUCACUGACGAGGAGAUCGACACCUGGUGCAUCAUCUGCAACGACGAUGCCACGCUGCAGUGCAUCGGCUGCGACGGGGACCUCUACUGCACGAACUGUUGGGUGGAGGGUCACAGGGGCGAAAGCGCCGGGUUCGAGGAACGCAGCCACAAGGCAAUCCAAUAUGUCAAGGGGGGCGGGAAGAAAAAAGCGCCCAAGAGGAGAGUCAUGAUGGGUGCUUGA